AUGGGAAAUUCUAGCAGUACUAUAACUACCGAUUUAUUGGAGGAAUAUAAUGUUCUCACCUAUUUAACAAAAUCAGAGAUUUUAAGUUUAUACAAGCUCUUUAACCAAAUAGAAGGGGGUGCAAAUGGAAAAGUUUCCGUGGAAAAAUUAGAAAAAAAGUUCCCGCAAUUACAGGUAAAUCCUUUCAGAGACAGAAUCUACGAGGUGUUUUCGUCAGAAGGAGAUUACAAAUUUUCGUUUGAGGAUUUGUUAGACUUAUGUUCCGUGAUGUCCGAAAAAUGUCCCGACAGUGUAAAAGCGGCUUGGGCAUUUAGAAUUUUCGAUUUUGAUGGGGAUAAUGCUCUUGGAAAAGAUGACUUAAAACAGGUCAUUGAUAGAGUCACUUCACGAGCAGGUGAAAUUCAAACAGAACAAAAAGAACACAUCAUUGAAAUUUUGUUGAGAAACAUGGAUAUGGAAGCAAGCGGAUCUGUAGGACAAAUAGAAUUUCAACACGCUGUUGGAAAAAUGGCAGAAUUCGCCAGCUCUUUUACGUUUAGAUUUUAA